AACUAUCACAAUAUAAGCACCAUUCUACCGCAGCUGUAGUCUACUGUAGUAGUGUAUUGCUGUAUUACUAUUUUCUGUAAUUUUGUUCCACGGGGUACUCCAAAAUUAAUCGUUAUUCGUCAAUCGUUUCUAUUAUUCUGCGCCGAAUAUCUACGCAAAAUACAUCUACUAGUAAAAUCACUAUCUGAUUGAGUAUUUUCAGUUAUACUCAUUAAUUUAUAAGAUUUUAAUUCAUAAUGGCUAAAUGGGGUGAAGGAGAUCCACGGUGGAUUGUUGAAGAACGUCCGGACGGCACUAAUGUAAACAAUUGGCAUUGGACAGAAAAAAAUGCAUGUCAAUGGUCUAAAGACAAACUUAAUGCCUUAUUAGUUGGUAUGGUAUUAGAAAAUGAUGUAGCUAAGUGUGAGAUUGCUAAGAUCGAAAGUUGUGAAGGAGAAGCUGUUGCAAAUAAUAGAAAGGGCAAGCUCAUAUUCUUUUAUGAGUGGGAUUUAACUUUAAAUUGGAAAGGGCAUUUAAGUGGUGCAGAAAAAGAGAUAGAGGGCACAAUAAAUAUACCAAAUUUAAGUGAAGAAAAUAGUGUAGCUGAAAUUGAGAUAAAUAUUUCAUUGAAAGAGCCGUCAAAUGAAGCAACAAUAGUUAAGGAUUUUCUUUAUCACCAAGGACGUAGUAAAAUUCGAGAUCAACUUGAAAAAUAUAUAAAGGAUCUUAAAGAAGAAUUUUCAAAAGGUAUGAUUUUACCUAAAAAAGAUAUUGAAAAUCUUUCCAAAACAAAAUUGUCUAAAGAUUCUAUCAAAAAUCUUCACAAUUCUGAUAAUGGUGCAAAAGAAGAUAAUUCAAAAUCCAAAGUAGAUACUACUACUGUUGUAAUGGAUGUAGUAUUUCAGUGUUCUGGUGAAGAUUUUUACAAUGUGCUCACAACACCAGAUCUUGUUUCAGCUUUUACUCAACAAUCUGUCACAUUUCAAGCAACUAAAGGUGGGAAAUUUCAAUUGUUUGAUGGAAAUAUUACUGGUGAAUUCAUAGAACUUUGUCCUGGAAAAAAAAUUGUUAAAAAUUGGAGAACCAAACAGUGGCCUGAUUGGCUAUAUUCCACCGUUACUGUUAUUAUUAAUCAACAAGAAGACCAUACUAAAGUUAAAGUUACUCUUGUGGGGGUGCCUAAAAGUGAUGAAGCUAUUACUCGUCAAAAUUGGGAAAGAUACUACUUCACACCAAUUAAAAGAACGUUUGGAUAUGGGAUGUUAUUAUAAGUCUGAACAAUUCAAUAAAUUCUUAAAUAUAGUUUUUUGUAUUUAUUUUUGAAAUGUAAUAGCUUGUCUAUCAAAAAAAUAUGUACUUCACUUUCUUAUGUGCCUAUUGAUAUUUGUUGUUUCAUAAUAUAUUCUUCAUAGAUAAUCAUACUCUUUCUUAAAUAAGAUUUGUUUAAAUUUCUGUCACAUAAAUUCAAGUUAUUCAACAGAAUUAAAAAUAAAAAAAACUGUUUUUUAAA